UAUUAAAAAAAGCUCACUCAAAUUAUGUUAUAAGCAUUUUGUCGGUUUGGUCUUUUUAGUGUUAACAUUUUUCCAGCAUGUCCACAUGACAGGAUGGAUUUCAUUAGAUAUUAAAUACUUAUCACCUUAUUAAUUAUUAACCUCUUUUAUUUGAGAGAGAAAUCAUUUGAACUUUAGCAAGCAAAUACUAAAAUUAAUCUUAUCGCUGAGGAUGACGUGAAAAAAAAAGAAAGUUGCUGGAUAUAUGCAGCUAAUUUUGGUAGAAAGCACUGCCAAUAUAGAGAAGAGCAUCCGCCAGUACAGGGACCUAUGUUUGUAUAAGUCCCUGGCCAGUAUAAGCUAGGUCUGAACUGUAUGUUGGCCUUUCUAAAAAAGAGACCGUUUUGUCCUACACCGUUUAGCACGGUUUCAAAUUGUGUACUCAAGGGGAGUAAUAAUGUUAACAUGGAUGUCAUACUCAGAUGUAACAAAUAUUUAUUUUCGAUUUUGUUGCUAAUCACCGUUAUAAGUCAAACACAGUGCAUAAACAGUAAUAAUCACGUCUGUGCAAAAUAUAUAUACGGUCAUUCGAAUAAAACCGACAAUGGUUUCUGCGUGUUAAAAAAAAACUCAAAUUCAAAAUUAAUUGACUGGGCCAAAUGGAAGUUUGCAGAACACCAGCUCUUGAAAAGUUAUUUUCCUGUCGAUACUGAAAGAAAGAAUUUUGUCAGACAAGUUCCAAGAGCUGUAUUUUCAUUUGUUCGUCCCACUCCAUUGAAGAAAAAUCCUCGACUUUCAGCUGUUAGUGCUGAUGUAUUGAGGGACAUAUUGGAUCUCGAUAUGGAUACAGUGAACGAUCCAGACUUCCUGAGGUUCCUUCACGGCGAUCUGACAGUGCCCAACGAAUCUUUGUUGGCGCAUAGGUAUGGUGGUCAUCAGUUCGGUCACUGGUCAGGUCAGCUGGGAGAUGGUAGAGCUAUCAUGUUGGGGGAGUAUGAGAAUCAAGCCGGUGAGAGGUGGGAGCUGCAGCUGAAGGGCUCUGGUCUGACCCCAUAUUCCCGCAGAGGGGAUGGCAGAGCGGUUGUACGGUCCUCUGUCAGAGAGUUCUUGUGCAGCGAAGCAAUGCAUGCUCUGGGAAUUCCUACAUCCAGAGCAGGGAGUCUAGUUGUCAGUGAUGACCCAGUUGUAAGGGACCAGUUCUAUGAUGGUCAUGUGAAAACUGAAAAGGCAGCCAUUGUUUUACGACUUGCCCCUUCCUGGCUUAGGAUUGGAUCCUUGGAAAUUCUUGCUAUAAAUGAAGAAACUGAAAUUUUACAUAACAUGGUUAACUUUAUAAUUGAACACUACUUCAAGUUUAUAAACUCAAGUGAUAAAGGCAGCAUUUUAGUAUUUUUUCAAGAGGUUGUUAGGAAGACUGCAGAAAUGAUAGCAAUGUGGCAAAGUGUGGGAUUCACACAUGGCGUUUGUAACACUGACAAUUUUAGUAUUUUGUCACUGACUAUUGAUUAUGGACCCUUUGGUUUCAUGGAAAGCUACGACCCAGGGUUUGUCCCUAACACAUCAGACGAUGAAGGUCUGUAUAGGUAUGAAAAACAACCAGAUGUUGGCUGGUUUAAUUUAAACAAACUACGACUUGCUCUGCAGCCAUUGAUGAGUGAAGAAGAGAAAACGAUUGCCUCAAUGUUACUCGGUGGCUAUGCAGAUAUUUACAAGUCCAAAUACAUGGAACUGUUUAUGAUAAAGCUCGGUUUUGAAAAUAAGCAUACUUAUACAGAAAGUGAUGAAAAGCUUGUGGCUGUGUUGCUUAAAAUUAUGCAGGAUACAAAGGCAGACUUUACCAUGAGUUUCAGGGAGUUGUCGGAAAUCAGAUUGUCAGAGUUAGAAACGUUUCCAUUCAACGCUAGCAUGUCCCAACAGUAUUGGGCCUUACCUCGGCUUGAAAACCAUGAAUUGUUUGGGGAGUGGCUUAAAUUGUAUCAACAGAAACUGACUGAAAGUGAUAUUAAAGAUGAGAAAAGACGAAAGGUGAUGAUGAUGACAAAUCCGAGAUACAUUCUAAGGAACUGGAUUGCUCAGGUUGUAAUAAAGCAGACAGAAAAUGGUAAUUUUGAUGAGAUACAUGAGGUUUUAAGCAUCCUUAGGGACCCUUACAAAUAUAAUGUGAUAGCAGAGAAGAAAGGAUUUGCUGGCCCACCUCCAGAAUGGUCAAGACUCUUGAAAGUUAGUUGCUCAUCAUAGAAAUGAAGAACAUAGCUGGCAUUUGUGUGAGAAGGAGUGUGUUUUCUGUGAUAUGUAUGUUGUUGCAUUAGAUAAUGCAUUUGCAUCAUUAAAUUAUAAAUGUUUUGGAUGAAUUUUCAAAAUUAUUAAUAUGUUUUAAUUCUUUUUGGUACAAUUAAGGCACAAAAAGGGACACCUUAUUUCAUUUCCAAUUAAAAUUUGCUAUGUGUAUAUUAUAACCUCCAGGGGACCGUUUCAAUAAACCUCGUAAUACACAUUUACGAUUCAAUACAUUUUUCGAAGAUGCGUAAUUGCUUAAGUCCAUAUCAUAUGUUUAUAAUUUUUCAGUACUUAAUUACUUACAUUGGCAUUUCUAGCUCCGUAUAUAUUUGACGAGCAUAGCGAGCUAGUUCGUCUACUUAUUAAGAUUACAAAAUUCUCUCGUAAGUUAACAUUGUUGUAUGAUCGUUUAUGAAACGACCCCCAGGGCUAUGUUUUUUUAAAGAUACUAAUAAGUAUCAUUUGAACAGCCUGUAUUAUUUUAUUAUAUUAUGUCUGUUGCAAUGGUAUGAUAUUACAUGUAUACUGUUUAGUUGAAAUAAUGUGAUUAUGUAAGAUAUUGUUAAUUGAAAGAGUAAGUCUCUGCAUUGCAUUCAAAUAACUACAAACAAUUCUAGAGUCUGCCUUUUAGAUCUUUUAUUGAAGGGAAGCAAUGCUGAAAUUUAGACAUUUUACCAUUGUGUCAGUUAAGUCCCAUUAAGAAAAAAGCUUAAUUUCAAAACAACUUUUCCAACAAGAACCGUCUUCAGUAAGUGAUUUCUUUUUCUAGCAAUGAUGAGGUAUAAUAACAGUUUUUUUCUGACAAAAAGCCUUUUGAUGAGUGGAUCUAAAUAACUUAACCAUGCCAAUUAAAUGUAAAGAAAUU